AUGUCGGACUCUGUGGAUCGAGUCUUCGUCCAUGCCCUCAAUACCGUCAAACGCAUCCCGCGGACGGGCACCGCGAGACCGCCUGCCGCCGAGAGAUUAAAGCUUUAUGGGUUGUACAAGCAGAGCAUGGAGGGCGAUGUGGAGGGCGUCAUGGACCGACCCGUCGGGAACACCGCAGACGUCUACGCGGAGUGUGAGAAAUGGGACGCAUGGUACGCCCAGCGCGGGCUCUCCCGCACCGAGGCCAAACGGCGCUACAUCUCCACCCUCAUCGACACAAUGCACCGCUACGCUUCGCAGACCCCCGAGGCGCGCGAGCUCGUCGCGGAGCUCGAGUUCGUCUGGGACCAGAUCAAGUCGAAUGCCUCGUCCUCCUCGUCGUCGAGCCCCAUGCAGAAUGUGGGCGUGCCGCCGCUACCCCAGCCGACCUAUGCGAGUAUCGGGGGCCGGUUGGCCCGUCCGAUCUACGAGGAUAUCAUUGCUACGGCGCGGGAUAAUCACAGUCGUGAGCGGAAUCGUGGAGAUACCAGGUUACGUGUCCUCAGUCCGGUGAGUCAGCCUGAUGGGCUGUAUGAGCGGCGCGGGAACAGGGACGUUGCGGAUGAGGAGGAGGUACAAGUACCAGAAGAUGAAGAUGAAGAGGACGAGGAGGAGGAGUACGAGGAGGCUCAGGACACCAUUUAUGAGGAUGAUGAUGACAAUGACAACAAUAACAACAACAGCAACAACCAAAGCCAACAGAACAGCCACAGAUUCGAUGAUGAUCCCGACGAGGCGCAGUCCCGAGGGCGAACGCGAGGGUUACAACCAGCAACAGCAGCAGGGGACAAGAAACACCGCGUUGUAAGCUCCGGCGAGCGCGACCACCGAUGGCGACGGAGGGUCGAGCAGGCCUUGACCAAGAUGACCGCCGAGAUCGCCGCGGUCCGCGAGCAGAUGGAGGCGCGGGCCCUGGCAAGCCGUCGCCGGUCUGCGCUCUGGACCUGGCUGAAGUGGAUUGUGUGGGUGACCUUGCGGCAGAUCAUCUUCGAUCUGGCAAUCUUGGGCAUGGUCCUGAUCUGGAUGCGGAUCAAGGGCGACCGACGCCUUGAGGAGAAGCUCAAGGUCGGGUGGUCCGAGGUGAAGACUCGACUGGCCAAACUCAAGUCCCUGCGACGGUUUCCCGGACUAGAUAUGUUCUGA